AUGCUUCACGUAGCUGUUGUCGUGUGGUUUUUACUCAUCAAAUCAUCCGCGCCCCUGAGCCAGCCCGCCGGAUGUGAAUACAAGGACGGACUGUUCACGUGUGGGUUCAAAACUUCAAUUCCUCUCAAUGCCAAUGGAUUCGACCCUCGACCUCAGAGGCUAGUUAUUAAGGAUGUAAACGGCGUCCUUGAAGAAUCGUCGUUUAUAAACUUCGCUCAAGUAAACGUCUCAACGUUUGACCCGAACUAUUCAUCUUCCUUAACGAUCAUCUGCGCCACUGGUGGGUCGGCCGUGCUCAGUUUGGACAAUUCCUCUUUCUCAGGGAUGGAUUUUUAUCAGGAUGUCCGGAUUUUAAAUUGCCAGUUCAACAGCGUUCCAUCUGGAGCUUUCACAAACCUUGGCACAGUCAAUUUGUUAAGUAUCAAAGGCGGUUCCAUCGACAACCUCGACAUAAACGCGUUUCUUGGUGUGAACAUCAAGAAAGAUACGACCAUCCCGACACCUAGGGGAGAAUUCGCCUUGUCCAACACCAAACUUGCUCAGGGGGGUUUGAGUCGUGGUGUCCUUGACCCCUUCACGGAGGCCAGCGUUCUGACGUUGAACAAUUGUCGUAUUCGGGUUAUGGAUUUCGCGUUGUUCAGCAAGAUGAAGUAUCUGAGCCGUAUCAGCUUGGACAACAACCCGUUCACCUACAUCGGCAACAACAUCUUCAACGGGCUUGAGAGUCUGAGAACGGUUAGUAUGGACAACGUGCCGUGGACGUGUUCCUGUGCGGCGUUAUGGUUCCUACAGUUUGCCGCCGACAAAAGGAUCGAGCUCCAGGGAGAUAUGAUGUGUUCAUUCCCAAAGGAAUACAACAGGAGGCGUAUAACAACGUACCAGGCCGAGGUGUGCGGGGCGGUGGUGGCGUGUCCUGCUGGGCUAAGGCCGAUGUCCGGGAUUUGUCUCACGUGGUUACAGAUCCUCUCCUUCAGCAUUACAUUCCUCUCCUUCGGUGUCAUUGUCGUCUGCGUCGUCUUCAUCCUCAAAAACAGACGCGACAUAUUCAGGAAGAUGCCCACGAAGACUCCUGUCAAGUCUGUGGACGGACACAGGGCCGCGCCCAGGAGAGUCACGCCUUAUAUAUAG